AUGACUUCACAUGCGUUGCAGAAAGCUGCAAGAUUUGUCUACCCCCGCGAGACGGCGCAUCAUGUUGCCACCAUUCUUGGAUUUCCAUCCAAAGUCUCCCUCGCCCCUGCAUACUACGAAAGGGCAUGUGUCGACAUUGCUAAUUUAGCGUCUGCCAUUUCCGCUCACGAGCCAGUUCGGCUUUAUACGCGACCCGAAGAUGCACCAAAAGCAAAGUUCAUGGUUGACGAGGCUAUCACAAGAUAUCCGAGUGACCCUUCGAAAAUCUCCAUCAUCCCGUUUCUCACAAAUCAUCUCUGGGUGCGCGAUACAGGCCCUGUCUACGUACGGGGAGUUGGCGAAAGCACUCACCAACGCUUUGCAAUCAACUUCCGCUUUAGCGAAUGGGGCAAGAAGAUCGAUAUCAGCGCCCAUGACCGGGCUUCCGAUGGGCUGCAAUGGCCGGUGAUGGCCCCUGAACAGCUGGGAGAAAAUGCGAGCUUUGCGCGAAGGGUCAUCAAGUCUGACGUCUCUCCAUCCCAGGUCACAAUCGUAGACUCGGAGAUUUGCUUGGAAGGCGGCGCGCUAGUUGUGGACGGGGAAGGCACACUCUUCGCCACUGAAAGCAGCAUCAUCAAUGAAAAUCGCAAUCCAGGUUUUUCCAAGGCUGCGAUUGAGGCAGAACUACGCCGCUUGCUCGGCGUUGAAAAGAUCAUCUGGUUCCCAGGUAGAAAGGACCUGGAUGUCACUGAUGUGCAUGUCGAUGCUGAAGUCAACUUUGUCCGGCCCGGAGUUGUUGUCCUCUCGCGACCACAUUCAAGCGUACCUCAUCUGUGGAUGAAAGUCCAUGAGGAAAUUAGAGAUAUCCUGCAUCAAUCAGUCGAUGCGAAGGGUCGCCGAUUCAAGGUACAUAUAGUGGACGAGCCAGAUCCCAAAAUUUUCGGGGACUUGUCCUACGAGGAACCGGCGACGAACUACGUCAACUUUUAUUUUGUGAACGGGGGUCUUAUCCUUCCCCAGUUUGGGGACCAGCAGCGAGAUCGGGAAGCACUGGAACUGCUUCAGAGGCUGUGCCCCGAUCGCGUGGUUCAGCCAGUGCUGGUUACGGGGCUUCCAUUGGCUGGAGGAGUGAUUCACUGUGCGACCCAGCCAGUCCUUUCUCUUGGGUAA